AUGUGUCGUCACAGGGAUUCUAUUCCUUUUAUUUGCCAAAAGCACGACAAGGCGAAGGCGAAAGAGCCCGCCCACGAACCAACCGACGAGCGAGACCCGCAUACCAUCAAGGAGAAUUUAGCAUUAAGAGGAACAGUUACACAGUCCUCCACAAACCCCAACUGGCUAGCUCAACAUGCCAUAGAUGGUGUCAGAUAUGGAGAUGUUUCUACAUACUGCGCUGGUACAGCAUCUCAAAGUAACCCAUGGUGGAGGUUGGAUCUCUUGGAUGUUUAUAACAUUAGUACAGUGAUCAUCACUGCUCAUGGCAGCUAUUUGAGUCAAGCCAACAGAGCAGAGAUUCGUAUUGGAAACUCACUGGACAACAAUGGAAACAACAAUCCCAUAUGUGCUGUGACUCCUGAUCCUCUACCUGGUAAUACUGUCAGUCUCUCAUGUGGUGUAAUGGAGGGACGUUAUGUGAAUGUGAUCCUGUCUGGACGUACAUCUUAUCUCACUCUGUGUGAAGUGGAGGUCUAUGAAACAGAGAAUUUAGCAGUUAAAGGAGCAGUGACACAGUCAUCCACAUAUCUCACCUGGACACCUCAACAUGCCAUAGAUGGUGUCAGAUAUGGACCAGACCCAGAUGAUGUUCCAUACUGCUCUCACACAACAUCUCAAAGUAACCCGUGGUGGAGGCUGGAUCUCUUGGAUGUUUGUGACAUCAGUACAGUGAUCAUCACUGCUAGAUCAGACUGCUGCGUGGCUCAAAUCAACGGAGCAGAGAUUCGUAUCGGAAACUCACUGGUCAACAAUGGAAACAACAAUCCCAUAUGUGCUGUGACUUCUGGUGUUCUAGCUGGUCACACCAUCAGUUACUCGUGUUAUGGGAUGGAGGGACGUUAUGUGAAUGUGGUCAUGACUGGACGAACAUCUCCUCUCACUCUGUGUGAAGUGGAGGUCUAUGGAAAAUGUCAUAGAAAAAAAUACUUUCUGAGGCUGAAGUUCUCCUCCAGUGGUGAUGUAGCUGCUGAGAGCGACAAAAUCCUCCAUCAGCUGCAGUCUGCUCUGGCAUCACACAUCUCUGAUUUUAAUCUGUCCUGGACACAACUACCUGAGGAAGAAGAAAAACCAAGAGCUGACAGAGGUUCUUGUGUGAAACAUCUUUAAUCUGGAUACACGCACUGAAUGUUUAAGGCAAAUGCUCAUUGAUUUUAUUCACUCAUUUCUGUUCUUCUCUAUCAUUGAUGUGGUGUGAAUGACGUGGUGUUCACAUCACUGAUAAAUGUCAUCAUUUCAAUCUCAUCAUAAUCCUCAUCACUAUAUUUGUGUUGUUAGUUGUGUAGUUGUGUGUCAUAGUCAGAGAUAAAGUGUGUAGAGCAUCACUAGCUUACAUAGUUUUCAUUUAAUAUGCUGUUUAUUUCAUUGUACAGCAUUCCACAAGAUCCCAUUUUUUGUAAAUCUGAUUACGACUUUUGAAGUCUACUUCCCCAUAGUUUUAUUGACACUCGUUUAAUUUCUAUAUUGUUCACAUCUGUACUUUGCUUUUUAAAUUGUUUGGCGAUAUUUUAAAUGCUAAAUAAACCUGUG